AAGUUAAAACCUUCUCCUUUACUUCCCAGGGAAGAGAAGACACUUCAUCUUUUCCCCUCCCCAGCCUUUUCCUUCUAUCCUCGAUCCUUUCCCAAUCCGUAGAUGGAUCUCCCCGACGGAGCUGCCGACGCCAUUUUCGGCGACCUCUGCCUCAAUGCCCCCGCGGAUCCCCUCAAUUGGGGCGCAGUAGCGGCGGCGUCGGCGGGGAGCCACCUGGAGGAGGUGAAGAGGAUGACGGAGGAGUUCCGCCGGCCGUCGGUGCGGAUCGAGGGCGCCGCGCUCACGAUUUCGCAGGUGGCGGCGGUGGCCGCCUCGGCGGAGGUGAAGGUGGAGCUGUCGGAGGCGAAGAGGGAGGGCGUGCAGGCGAGCAGCCGGUGGGUGGUCGACAGCUUGAGCAAGGGCAAGGACAGCUACGGCAUAACCACCGGAUUCGGGGCCACUUCCCACAGGAGGACCAAGGAAGGCGUCGCCUUGCAGAACGAGCUCAUUAGAUUCCUCAAUGUCGGAAUAUUCGGCUCCCUGCUAGACGCUGGCCACACGCUGCCGUCCACCGCAGCCAGGGCGGCUAUGCUCGUCCGCAUCAACACGCUUCUCCAGGGCUUCUCUGGGAUCAGGUUCGAACUCCUUGAGGCCAUAGCUAGCCUCUUGAACUCCGGCGUCACCCCUUGCCUUCCCCUCCGGGGUACCAUCACCGCCUCAGGCGAUCUCGUGCCCCUUUCCUACAUUGCUGGACUCCUCACCGGCCGUCCUAACGCCAAGGCGCUCGCGCCAAGUGGUGAGCCCAUCGACGCGGCUGAGGCCUUCCGCCGUGCCGGCAUCACCCACGGCUUCUUCGAGCUGCAGCCCAAAGAGGGCCUUGCGCUGGUCAACGGCACGUCCGUCGGCUCCGGCCUCGCCUCACUCGUGCUCUACGACGCCAACAUCCUCGCUCUCCUCGCGGAGGUGCUCUCCGCUGUGUUCUGCGAGGUGAUGCAGGGGAAGCCCGAGUUCACAGAUCACUUGACCCACAAGCUCAAGCACCACCCGGGGCAGAUCGAGGCGGCCGCCAUCAUGGAGCACGUCCUCGCCGGAAGCGCCUUCCUCAAGCUCGCCGAGAAGCUCCACGAGCAGGACCCCCUACAGAAGCCGAAGCAGGACCGGUACGCCCUUCGCACAUCCCCCCAAUGGCUCGGCCCUCAAAUCGAGGUCCUCCGAGCUGCCACGCGCGCCAUCGAACGCGAGAUCAACUCCGUCAACGACAACCCCCUAAUCGACGUCUCGCGCAACAAGGUCCUCCACGGUGGUAACUUCCAGGGCACACCUAUUGGCGUCUCCAUGGAUAACGUUCGCCUCGCCGUCGCCGCCAUCGGUAAGCUCAUGUUCGCACAGUUCUCCGAGCUUGUCAACGACUUCUACAACAACGGCUUGCCCUCCAACCUCACGGGCGGUCGGAAUCCCAGCCUCGAUUACGGCUUCAAGGGCGCCGAGAUCGCCAUGGCCUCCUACUGCUCCGAGCUCCAAUUCCUCGGCAACCCUGUCACUACGCACGUGCAGAGCGCGGAGCAGCACAACCAGGACGUGAACUCCCUGGGGCUCAUCUCUGCCAGAAAGACGGCGGAGGCUAUCGACAUCCUCAAACUAAUGUCCGCCACCUACUUGGUUGCCCUCUGCCAAGCCAUCGACCUACGACACCUGGAGGAGAACCUGAAGAACGCCGUGAAGAACACUGUCAGCCAAGUGUCCAAGCGGGUGCUCACCACCGGCCCCACCGGCGAGCUCCACCCCGCGCGGUUCUGCGAGAAGGACUUGCUCACGGCCGUCGACCGCGAGCACGUCUUCAGCUACAUCGACGACCCCUGCAGCUCGACUUACGCCUUGCUGCCGAAGCUGAGGGCGGUGCUGGUGGAGCACGCGCUCGGCAACGUCGAGAAGGAGAGCGAGCACAGCACCUCCAUCUUCCAAAAGAUCCUGGAUUUGGAGGAGGAACUCAAGGCGGUGCUGCCCAAGGAGGUGGAGGCAGCCCGGGCCGCUGUCGAAAAUGGCAGCGCAGCUAUAGAGAAUCGGAUUAAGGAGUGCCGGUCCUAUCCCUUGUACUGCUUGGUGAGGAAGGAGGUCGGGGCGGCGUUCCUCACAGGGGAAAAAGUGCGGUCCCCCGGGGAGGAGUUCGAAAAGGUGUUUUCGGCGAUCAACGGAGGACUUCUCGUCGGGCCUCUUCUCGAGUGUCUGAAGGAGUGGGAUGGUGCCCCACUUCCCAUCCGUUAGGAAAUCGGUUUGUGAAACUAGUCGUGUAAGUGUUAUUGUUCCAUUCUUCCCAUUGUCGUCACCCUAAGAGCAUCCAUAAUAAUGGGAGCUCCUUUGUGAUGCUCUAAGAACAUUUGUUAUUUUUUUUUCUCUGUAAUUCUCUGUAACUUGUUCCA